UUGCACAAUUGACUAUGUGACAAAGACAUUUUACAUCACACCAAAAGGAAGAAAUAGAAAAAUGUUAUUUAUUGUUCAAAUUGAUGUAUUAAAUUAAGGCUUUUGUGAUUUAAGAAGACAAAGACAUCGUCAAUUUUCUUCUGCUUGGAGAUGUCUUAACUUUUAUUGUGUUGAGAUGCGCUUAUAAUACAAGAGGAAAAUGGGGUAACAGCAAUUGCUUAUCAUGUUUGAAGAACACCUCUUCAAUAUAAAGUAGUUCUCUUUUCCAAAAUUAUUUUAUGUUCCUUUCCCCCUUCUGAUCAGUGGAACUUCUGGUUGCUUUUUCAAGGAAACUUAAAUGUUGAAGGGCUGAAUCUGUAAAGUAUCUCUACAAAACAUGGAUAAAGGUUGCGGUAUGGAAGAGACUGUUGAUUUGAGAAAUGGUGUGGAAUUGGCAACAUCAGCAUUUGAUAAGCAUCUUGACCUUCUAAGGCCAUCUGCACGAAAUUAUUCAGUUUUUAGAGGCAUGAUAGGUCAAGCAAUAGAUGCUGCAGAACAUGAAAAGGGCAACUAUACACUAAUCAGAGAUCCAGAGGACUUCCAAACGGGACUUUAUGACAAACCUCUUCCAUGUUAUGGCUGUGGAAUUGGAUGGUUCUCAUUUCUUCUUGGAUUUCUAUGUCCACCUCUGUGGUACUAUGCAACAAUGCUCUACUUUGGAAAUUAUUAUAAGAAGGAUCCUAGGGAACGAGCAGGAUUAGGAGCCUCUGCAAUUGCUGCAUUAAUAUGCUCAGUAGCAUUGCUGAUCGUAGGAACAAUUCUUCUGUUACGCUUCCCCUGAUGCUAGUUCCAGUGAUAAAAUUACAACUGAGAGGUGAUUAAAAUGGGUAUCAGAAACAAUUGCACGUGUAUAUAUAUCAAAAUACAAAGAAAAAAGAUGCUUCAAGAUACUACUACAUAGGCUGAACCAAUAGAGAAGGAUGAGAAUUGCCUUGGUAAAUUUGUGUAUUAAGUGUAUACUUAAGAAAUCUCACUUUAAAUUCUUACGAAUCUCACAUGAUUUUUACCGUUGAUAUAUAUUUGAGUAAGAGCUAGAGUUUCAUGUUGGAGAAUACUUGGGCUACAGAUUUUGCUAUAAUGUUAUUUUCAAUAAGAUCGCAUGUUCAAACA